UUAACUCUGGGUACAAUGGGCCUUUCAAACUCCAGUUUGGGUUAUCUCAAUUAUCCCACACAAGUUAUUUUUAAGUGCUGUAAAUUAAUACCGGUAAUGAUCGGUAGCAUUCUGAUACAAGGAAAACGUUACGGGCCUUUAGAUUUCGCAGCAGCCUUGGCGAUGUGUAUUGGUUUGGCAUGGUUUACGUUGGCCGAUUCCCAGGUGUCACCGAAUUUCAAUUUGUUUGGUGUUGCAAUGAUAUCGGGAGCCUUGCUGUGUGAUGCCGCCAUUGGCAAUGUACAGGAAAAGGCAAUGCGAGAACAUAAAGCAGCAAGUAGUGAAAUUGUAUUGUAUUCAUAUGGAUUGGGUUUCAUAUAUUUGUUUGUCAUUAUGAUGGUAACGGGUAAUUUCUUUAGUGACUUUGCCUUCUGUUUGCAGCACUCCAAAGAAGCAUUCUUCUAUGGAUUUUUGUUCAGUCUUUCUGGAUAUUUGGGAAUUCAUUUUGUAUUGGCACUGGUAAAAAGUAGUGGAGCUCCUAUUGCUGCCACUGUAACAACAGCCCGUAAAGCUGUCACAAUUGCAAUUUCCUUUAUAUUCUUUAGUAAACCCUUUACCAUACAAUAUGUUUGGUCCGGUCUUAUUGUUGUUCUGGGAAUUUAUCUAAAUGUUUAUAGUAAGAAACAUAAAUUGACGCUAAACGAUAUUAAACAUAAAAUUAAGCACAUUACCUUCAAUGGACGAACGUCAAUAUCGCGUAAAUAUUUAGUCGAAGUUUAACGACAUAAAAUA